ACCAGGCUGCCUCAGCUGCCCGCAGUUAACGCUUAUUUCAGGGUUUAGAGCAGGAGUUUCAUUUACUAGGUUUAUUUGCGUUUUGUAGGAUUAAAAGUGAGUUUAUUUUAAAUAUUUUGAUUUAAACAGGUUUAAAAGACUCUUGAGACACGUAUUCUUUUGGACGAAGUUUUUGGACAAACACAGAGCAUCAUGGGAGAUGACAGUGAGUGGAUGAAACUGCCUACAGACCAGAAAUGUGAACACAAGGUUUGGAAAGCCAGGUUGAGUGGGUACACUGAGGCCCUGCAGCAGUUCCAAAGGAUUACAGACGAAAAGAGCCCAGAGUGGGGCAAAUACCAGGGACUCAUCAAGACAUUUGUGACUGAUUCAAAUGCUGUAGCACAACUAAAAGGAUUAGAGGUGGCUCUGGUCUACAUUGAAAAUGCACACGCAGCAUCCAGGACUGUGGGUGAGGUGGUAUCCGGAGUGGUGUGUAAAGUAUUUAACCAGCCGAAAGCUCGAGCUAAAGAGCUCGGAUCCGACAUCUGCCUGAUGUAUAUAGAAAUUGAGAAAGGAGAAGCUGUACAGGAAGAAAUUCUCAAAGGACUUGAUAAUAAGAACCCCAAAAUAUCUCUUGCCUGUGUGGAGGUGUUACGAAGAGCAGUGAGUGAAUUUGGAGCGAAGAUCAUAACCCUGAAGCCUAUAGUGAAGGUUCUGCCAAAGCUUUUUGAGUCUCGUGAAAAGGCAAUCCGAGAAGAGGCCAAACUGCUGGCUGUUGAGGUGUACAGAUGGAUCAGAGAUGCACUCCGCCUCCCUUUUCAGAAUAUCAACUCUGUGUUGAUGAAAGAGUUGGAGGAGGAAUGGGCCAAGCUGCCCUCGUCUGCACCCAAACAGUGUCGCUUCCUCCGAUCGCAGCAGGACCUCAAAGCUAAGUUUGAGCAGCAGCAGAACGGAGGAGAAGGAGAUGAAGAUGAAGACGGAGACGGUGGUUCAGAAGAAGCUGCUCCUGCAGUGGAUGCUUACGAGCUUCUGGAAGAGGUUGAGAUUCUUUCAAAGCUACCCAAAGACUUCUAUGAAAAAAUUGAGGCAAAGAAGUGGCAGGAGAGAAAGGAGGCGCUGGAGGCUUUGGAUGCUUUAACCAAAAACCCAAAGCUGGAAAGUGGGGAGUAUGGAGAUGUCGUCAAAGCCCUGAACAAGGUCAUUGGAAAAGACACUAAUGUGAUGCUGGUGACUCUAGCAGCUAAAUGUGUAGCUGGACUUGCCACUGGACUCAGGAAGAAAUUUGGCACCUACGCUGGCCAUUUGGUUUCAACUAUUUUGGAGAAGUUUAAGGAGAAGAAAGCUCAAGUGGUGCAGGCGUUACAGGAGGCCAUAGAUGCCGUGUUCCUCUCUACGAGUUUACAGAAUGUCAGCGAUGACGUCUUGGGUGUGAUGGACAACAAGAAUCCAUCCAUCAGGCAGCAGGCGACAUUUUUCCUCACCAGAAGUUUCUGUCACUGCACCGUCUCCACUCUGCCUAAAUCCCUUCUCAAGCCCUUCUGUGCUGCUCUGCUGAAGCAAGUGAACGACUCUGCUCCAGAGGUCCGAGAUGCUGCGUUUGAAGCUUUAGGAGCAGCGAUGAAGGUGGUCGGUGAGAGAGCCGUCAACCCUUUCCUGGCUGAUGUGGAUAAACUGAAAGUUGACAAGAUUAAGGAAUGUGCAGAGAAGGUAGAACUUGCUGGUGGAAAGAAACCUGCCGGACAGGUGAAGGAGAAGAGCGCUCCGCCGAAACCUGAACCAGCAGCCGAAGCUCCGGCUAAACCGUCCGUACCUGCCAAGAAAGCACCGACCUCCAGCUCUGCUAAGCCGUCAGCUGCAAACAAAAAGGCGAAACCUGCUGGUCCUUCCAAAGCUAAGAAACCUGAAAGCAAAAAAGUGACAGAGGCUGAGUUCUCGAUGGAAGUUUGUGAGGAUAAAGCUGUGGCGGUUCUCCCAGCCUCCUGCAUACAGAUGCUGGACAGUGCUAACUGGAAGGAAAGAGUAGCUUCCAUGGAGGAGUUUCUCAAGGCCAUAGAUGUGAUGGACAGCAAAGAGAUGCCCUGCCAGGCUCUCGUCCGCAUGAUGGCCAAGAAACCAGGCUGGAAGGAGACAAACUUCCAGGUGAUUCAGCUGAAGCUGCAGGUGGUCGCUGCUGUGGCUCAGAAAGGCUCGUUCUUCUCCAGAACUUCUGCCCUCGCCGUGUUUGAGCCGAUUGUGGAAAAGAUUGGGGAUGUGAAGUGUGGCGCGAGGGCUAAAGAAGCUCUGACUGCUAUCGCUGAAGCCUGCACUCUUCCCUGGACUGCAGAACAGGUCGUUUCCAUCGCAUUUGGACAAAAGAAUCCCAAAAACCAGGCUGAAGCUCUGAACUGGCUCUCUAAUGCUAUAAAGGAAUUCGGCUUUGCAGGCAUAAACGUGAAGGCUUUCAUUACUAAUGUGAAGACGGCACUAGCUGCCACCAACCCUGCUGUAAGAACCGGUGCUAUCUCUCUCCUGGCGGUGAUGUACCUGUAUAUGGGAGCUCCUCUUCGGAUGUUCUUUGAGGACGAGAAAGCCGCUCUGCUCUCACAGAUUGAUGCAGAAUUUCAGAAGGUGAAGGGCCAGACGCCUCCAGCUCCUAUCAGAGGUCAGUCUAAAUCAAAUGAAGGAGAGGGAGAGGAGGAAAAUGAUAAAGAAGAAGAAAAUGAUGGAGGUGCAGAUGUUGUGGAUCUUCUACCUCGAACUGAUAUCGGUGAUAAGAUCACGUCGGAGAUGGUGUCGAAGGUUGGUGAUAAGAACUGGAAGAUGAGGAAGGAGGGACUAGAUGAAGUGGCUGCUGUGAUUUCGGAGGCAAAAUUUAUCAAACCGAACAUUGGGGAACUUCCUCCUGCACUGAAGGGGCGGCUUACAGACUCCAAUAAAAUUCUGGUCCAGCAGACUCUGUCUAUCCUUCAGCAGAUCGCUACAGCGAUGGGUCCAGCCCUAAAACAGCAUGUUAAAUCUCUCGGCAUCCCGAUCAUCACCGUACUGACCGACAGCAAGAUUGCAGUGCGUGCGGCCGGUUUGGCUACUCUGAAUGCCUGGGUUGAUCAGACUGGGAUGAAAGAAUGGCUGGAGGGAGAAGAUCUAUCUGAGGAGCUUAAGAAAGAGAAUCCCUUUCUCAGACAAGAGUUAUUAGGUUGGCUGGCUGAGAAGUUACCCACCCUGCGCUCGGUUCCGUCCGAUCUUGCGCUCUGUGUUCCCCACCUGUAUUCCUGCUUGGAGGAUCGUAACGCAGACGUGAGGAAGAAAGCCCAGGAUGCCCUUCCCAUGUUCAUGAUGCAUCUUGGUUAUGACAAGAUGAGCAAAGCUGCUGCAAAACUAAAGCCGGCGUCUAAAGAUCAGGUGAUUGGAUUGUUGGAAAAAGCUCGAGCAUCCAUGCCUGCUAAGCCUGCAGCACCCAGUAAAGCAGCUCCUGCAGCCAGCAGCACCGCAAAACCUGCAGCUCCUUCAGCUCAGUCGAAAUCUGCUCCAGUGGUUGAACCUCCACCAGCGGAACCCAAAAAGGCCAAACCAGCAGCCACAUCUAAAGCUAAGCCUGUUGGAAAGAAACCUGCUGGAAAAGCUGAGGAGGAUCGAAAUGGACCCAUCUUCACCCUGGUGCCCAACGGAAAAGAGCAACGUGUCAAGGAGGAGAAAAGUCUAAAGGUACUGAAGUGGAACUUCAUGACCCCACGUGAUGAGUUUGUGGACCAGCUGAAGACUCAGAUGACUCCUUGUGUGACUAAAUGGCUGAUGGAGGAUCUCUUCCACGCCGAUUUCCAAAAGCACAUUAAAGCGAUUGGCGCCAUGAUGGAGCACCUGGGAGCUGAGACCGAGGCCACCGUGAGCUGUCUGGAUCUGAUCCUAAAGUGGUUCACGCUGCGUUUCUUUGACACCAAUACCAGCAUACUGAUGAAGGCUCUGGAGUAUCUCAAACUGCUCUUUAACACCCUCAGUAAUCAGGAUUACCACCUUACAGAGCACGAAGCCACCUCAUUCAUCCCUUACCUCAUCCUAAAGAUGGGCGAGCCGAAGGACGUGGUGCGUAAAGACGUGCGCAGCAUCAUCAGCCUUUUGCGCAGAGUUUACCCGGCCAGCAGAGUCUUCCCCUUCCUCAUGGAAGGCACCAAGUCCAAAAACUCCAAACAGAGAGCCGAAUGCCUGGAGGAGCUGGGCUGCCUGGUAGGUCUGUGUGGAAUGUCUGUCUUCCAGCAGGCGGCAUCUAAAUCCUUGCGGGAAAUCGCGGUUCACAUCGGCGAUCGUGACACGGCUGUUCGCAACGCUGCUCUGAACACAGUAGUGGCUGCUUAUAACGUGUGUGGAGAGCAGAUCUAUAAACUUAUCGGCCAGCUCUCAGAGAAGGACAUGAGUAUGCUGGAGGAGAGGAUCAAGCGUUCUGCUAAAAAACCUGCUGCUCCUGUUGCCAAACCUCAGCAGGAGGAGAAACCGGCCGCGUUGGCUAAUGCAAGCUUGCUGCGCAAACCCAGCGCUGACACUGCUCCACUUAAGCUCAGUGAAAUCCGCAGUCAGAACGCAGUCGUUCAGCAGCAAAGUCCAGUGGUUCCGCGCCAGUUUCAGCUCGACCCGAAUUUCAUCGUCGAUCUUCCGGAAACGAUCAUGCCAGACCUGUUGGAGGUCGAGAUGACUGACCACUCACCCCUCGACGUGCCAGAGUUCAAGUUCAGGUUGCCCCCUAUGUCCAGUAGUAACGAUGACUUGGUCUCCAACAUUAAUCUGGUCAUCUCACAAGUCGCCAGUUCAGAUGCCAAGACUAGCAUUCAGGGCUUAACUAAGAUCGUGGAGAGUUUGCGUGAGGAGAGCCAGUGGAGGACGAUGUCUGGUCACGUGGACGAGUUCAUCGUGGCAGCCUUGAUGCAGCUCCGCUUGCAGGCCAGCAGACGCAUGACCAACGACCGGAUGCACAUGGAGAAACUUUACACUUCAGUCAUCGGUUCCUUAAGCUCGCUGGUUCUGGUGGGUAAGCUGGCUCAGGAGGCGUCCCCGGGGGUGCUGAAGGAUCUGGUUCAGGCUCUGCUUUCUCUGAUCCUGGAGCCGCAGCAUCAGCAGAGCUCGGGAGAGUCGCAGCUCAUCCGGUCUGUCCACGUCCUGCUUUCUACUCUGUUCAAGACUGCAGAUCCUACCAGCACACUCAGUGCUUUGCUGAUGCUAUUACAAGAAGCCAGUAAAUCUGCCACACGCUCUCCCGAGUUCUCCGAAAUGGUCAUGAAGUGUCACUGGCGUAUGAUUAAGCUCCUUCCAGAGAAGAUCGAGUCGCUGUAUCUGGAAAGAAUUCUCCUGGACAUCCACAACUUCAUGACGGUUUUCCCCAAAGAACUGCUCAAACAGAAGCCCAACGACAUGGCUCACCGUACCGUCAAAACCCUGCUGCACACGCUCUACAGACUCGUCGGUCCCAAGAUUAUGGAUCAUCUGAAUCUCAUCGAGAACCGUGCCGAGUCUGAAGUCGAAGCUCAUCUGAGACGAGCGAUGAAGCACUCUGUUCCUGUACCAGCUCAAACGAACAUGGAAAAUGCUCCCAAACUGAAGGACCAGUCCUCUGCAGAUUCUCAGAGAGGACUGAAACCGCCAGCAACACAGUCGUCUUCUACCGCCGAGCCUCUCAACACUGCUCACUAUCAGGAGAAACUCAAAGCUCUUCGUCAGCUCUAUGGCCUCGACAACACCAAGGUGAACGAGGAGGUUAAGAAGCCGACCCUCGCUGCCCCGAACGUUAAACCGGCGGCUCCCUCCUCCAUGGACAUGCUGCAGUCUCAGCUGAGUAAACUCCGCGAGUCGCGGGUUCAGCAGGACACCGAAAACGUCCGUCCCCGAAGCCCCCCUGCAGAUCUGGCCGAGCUCCGAGCCCGACUGGAAAAGAUUAAAGCUAAUUUAUGCUAAAUUUAGCAACCCUAAACUUUCUGUACCUGCGUCUGUGUUUACCUGAUGUCUACCUCUUUCCACCUAAUGUUACUCUGUUUAACUUUUGUAUGUUUGUAUGAAUUUGUAAAUAUUUACGCUCGUGUUUGUUCUUUUUUAAUCAAGAUUUAAAUCUUGGUGUGUUUUUCUGAAUCACUUUUACUAAUUCUUUUACUUCUGCAUUUCACUGGAUUAAUAAAUGGAAAUAUGAAGUUCUGA